AUAAUUUGGAGGAUAAUGUGGUUUCAGGCAUUGGCUUGGCACCCCUACGAAAGCGGUUACCUGUGUAUCGGCGGUGGUUACGGGAACGCUUCGCUGUCGCUGUGGAACGUGAACAAAUUGGUCCCGGAGGGUUAUCGAAACGUGUACUUUCACGGCGCUGUGAAGAACCUCGCGUGGAACAAGCACAGCGCGGAGCUGGUCGUUAAUUGGUCAUACUUCGUGCAGCAGGCCGAAUGCACGUUGAUGCCCGUCCUGGGUAGCCUUGAUCGGGUUGUGGACAUGAUAAUGGUGGAUAAGGAUUUGCAAGUCAACAGUAUCAUGUGGAACCCCGAUCACACGCAGUUGGCUGUUCAGUAUAACGAGUCUUUGUGCAUGUGGAAUUUCUUCGGUGACGAAUACCAGUGCCAAAAAAAUAAGAAGAAACCACGUAAAAUUUGUGAAAAUAUACGAAGUAACGUAAAAUUGACGAAUUUCAAGGAAUUCGAGCGAUAUAACAUACGAUGAAGCAACGUACGUAUGGAUGUAUAGAA